AGGCCAGGCUAGCAGUGACACAUCGUGUUCUGCAAACAUCUUAGACGAAUGCACAGCAGGAAGAGCUGAAGAGGAAAGCAAUAUUUUAAAACCACUAGCAGUUAGUAGUACUUUGACUUGACAAUACCAUGCAAUAAGCUACCAAAUUAUAAUGUUAAUAUAUUUUCAGUUUUUUGUAUUGUGUAGUUGCCUGUCCACGAUUGGUUAAACUAUAAUUACAAGUCUCGCGAGAUACUGUCGUGCAGCUGUUGCCCUGGAAACCAAGCAAAACAACCGCUGCUCUUUAGCUUUAAGUACCACAUUGAGAGCAAGCAUACUGAGCUUUAAGAUACAAACAUUUGGAAUCAGAAUGAGUAUCGACUACUACGAGACGCUGGAAAUAAACAGAAAUGCAACAUACGCACAUAUCAAACAGGCAUAUCGACGACUUGCAUUGAAGUUUCAUCCGAACAAUAACGGAGAAGAAAGUGGAAACGCCGAGAAGUUCAGUCAGCUGGGUGAAGCCUAUGAUGUUCUCAGUGACCCUCGAAAAAAGGCAACUUAUGACAAGUUUGGUGAAGAGGGCCUCAAAGGUGGUAUCCCACCUGAGUUUGGGACCAGUGGGGCUUGGUCAUCUAAAUAUGUCUACCACGGGAAUGCAGAUAAAACAUUCAGACAGUUUUUUGGUGGCGACAACCCAUUUGCAGAUUUCUUUACAGAUGAUGCACCACUUCAGUUCGGCGGCCUGCAACCAGGAGUGGUGAAAACACAAGACUCUCAAAUAGAAAGAGACCUUCACUUGUCCCUGGAUGAUCUCUUCCACGGAUGCAAUAAAAAGAUUAAGAUAUCUCGUAGGGUUAUGAAUGAGGAUGGAUACACAUCCAGUAUCAAAGAUAAGAUUCUGACUAUAGAUGUGAAACCUGGGUGGAAAGAAGGCACAAGAAUAAUUUUCCCCAAAGAGGGAGAUCAGGGACCAAACAGCAUCCCUGCCGAUAUUGUGUUCAUAGUGUGCCAGAGGAGUCAUCCUCUGUUCAUUAGACAACUCAAUGACCUGAUCUACAAGUCCCAGAUCUCACUGGAGAUGGCCUUGACUGGGUUCUCUGUGUCUGUGGAGACACUAGAUGGCAGGCUACUCUGUAUUCCCAUCAAUGACAUUGUGCACCCUGCAUACAAAAAAGUGGUGACUGGAGAGGGAAUGCCGCUGUCCCAGGAUCCCUCCCAGAGAGGAAACCUCAUCCUUACUUUUGACAUCCAGUUUCCUGAGAAGCUCUCCGCUGAGAGGAAGCAUCUGAUCAAACAAGCUCUUAAACAUUGAUCUCAUUUGAUGCAUGUGUUGCUCUGUCAUGAAUAAUGAUUAAUGUGGUUACAUUUCUGUCAUGAGAGAGAAAGAGAGAGAGGUGUCAACUCAAUUUGUAUAAAACUUUACUUUGAAAGAUAU